UAUCUCGUGCCCGACCGAGACAGAGUGGGAAUAAGCGGUGGCAGCUGUCGCUCAACAGGUGACGAUGCGCCACUGAGCGAAAAAGUCGCACGUCGUUGUACGGUGUACACAAGGGUUGCCCGAUUCUCUCUCUCACCCCCCUGGCAGUGUUACGGCGGAGUGAUACCGGCGCAUCGGCGUAGGUGGUGGAUGUAAUACGGAGUGAUCUGUUUGUUGCUGGGUUGUGUUGGAGGAGUUUUGAUUCUCUCGCUUAGGUGGUGUGUUGAAGUGAUGUGAUCGGGGGCGGUCCUGAAUUGGAUGAAUGUCACCCUAUAGCCGGUACCGGCCCUUGCCGGGGUCAGACGGUUUGGCUGUUCUGCAGACGCCGCCAGGAUGUCGGCCAUCCCCCACGAGCGCUUGUAGGUUCCUCAGGUGGAUAUCCAAGUUGAGUCCUCAGCCUGUCAAUAAGCAAGGAUUAGGGGUCCUGGACAUGACCGCCACGGAGAACACCAUCCGUUUCAGUGUCCACACCCUGGACAAGGCAACCAAAGCGAAAGUCACAUUAGAAAAUUAUUACAGUAACCUAAUAGCUCAGCACGUAGAGCGAAAACAAAGGCUAGCGAAAUUAGAAGAGUCCCUAAAAGACGACAGUCUCUCAGAGGAACAGAAACACGAAAAGAGGCUGCAACAUGCCCAAAAAGAAACAGAAUUCCUUAGGCUUAAGCGAUCUAGAUUAGGCGUCGAAGACUUCGAACCCCUCAAAGUGAUAGGACGGGGGGCUUUCGGGGAAGUAAGAUUAGUCCAGAAGAAAGACACCGGUCAUGUGUACGCUAUGAAGAUACUUAGGAAGGCCGACAUGUUGGAAAAAGAACAGGUCGCACACGUGAGAGCAGAACGUGACAUUUUAGUAGAGGCCGACCACCAGUGGGUGGUCAAAAUGUAUUAUAGUUUCCAAGACCCUAUCAACUUGUAUUUAAUAAUGGAAUUCCUGCCCGGCGGCGACAUGAUGACCCUUCUCAUGAAGAAGGACACGCUCUCGGAAGAGUGCACGCAGUUCUACAUCACAGAAACUGCACUGGCCAUCGACUCCAUACACAAGCUCGGCUUCAUCCACAGGGACAUCAAACCCGACAACCUGCUGUUGGACGCCAAGGGGCACCUCAAACUCUCCGACUUCGGGCUGUGCACGGGCCUGAAGAAAUCUCACAGGACGGACUUCUACCGGGACUUGAGCCAAGCCAAACCUUCCGAUUUCAUAAUCACCUCGAGUCCGAUGGACAGCAAACGGAGGGCCGAAAGUUGGAAGAAGAAUCGAAGGGCGCUGGCUUACAGUACAGUGGGUACCCCGGAUUAUAUCGCGCCGGAAGUCUUUCUGCAGACAGGAUACGGACCUGCCUGCGAUUGGUGGUCCUUAGGGGUCAUCAUGUACGAAAUGCUAAUCGGAUACCCACCGUUCUGUUCGGAAAACCCCCAAGACACUUACAGGAAAGUGAUGAACUGGAGGGAAACCUUGGUGUUCCCCGCUGAAGUUCCGAUCUCAGAAGAGGCCAAAGAUACAAUUAUAAAGUUUUGUUGCGAAGCAGACAGACGACUAGGAUCUCAAAAAGGCUUGGAGGAUUUGAAGCUGAAUCAAUUCUUCCGGGGCGUCGACUGGGAGCACAUAAGGGAGAGGCCCGCCGCCAUACCGGUGGAGGUCAGGUCCAUAGACGACACGUCAAACUUCGACGAUUUCCCCGACGUCACACUCGAAAUUCGUAAGUACACAAGGACCUACGUUUAUCUUUACCCAUUUUUUCAUAAAGAAAUCUUUCCAGCUGCGGCUCCCAUGCCCCAGGACGGCGAGAUAAACUAUAAGGAUUGGGUGUUUAUCAACUACACGUUCAAGCGGUUCGAGGGGCUCACGCAGCGGGGGACCCCCACAAAGAAAUAGCUUUAGUGACCUUUGUUAAUAGCGUUCAUUGCAGGAGAGUGGCAAAUUAAUCGGCACUUAUUUUUAGAAAAUGAACCACCUCGGAGAUGUGUUUAUAUAAAUAUAGUGCUCUCAUAUUAUUUUGGAUUCGAUCAGUUGUUUUCUAAAAAUAAGUUUUUUGUGUAUUAUAGGUCUGAAGCAGUUUUGCACUGUUUUUGCUUCCAGAGCUGUGAAACUGUACCUCGUGUUGUAUUUAAGAUGACGUCGGGUGGUUUUCUGUAUUCCUGGAGAAUAAGCGAAAAAUUAAUCUUGUUAAAAUCAUUAUUUAUUUCAGUUACGAUAAAAUAUUUUAUUAAGAGGGCUCUAUAGCAA